UUGAUCGCUUUGGGACGCAGUCGACGGUCAUUGCUAAAUUAGGCAUUCUGGGAUACCGGCGGACUUAACUGCACUGUGAUGGCGACCAACAUCGAGCAGAUAUUCAGGGAUUUUGUAAUGAAUAAAAUCAAAGAAAUAGCGGAUGAAUCUCAAGAGAACAGUCGGACAGAUGACACACAUUGUAAUACUGUGGAACCACAAUCUGAGCCUGUCACAGAGACUAGAGAAGAUGGACUUCCAACAGAACAAAUUAACACAACAACAGAUAAAGUCACACAUACUAACCUACAGGAUGGCCAUGGUAAAGAGGACACCAGCACUAAACACAGGAAGAGUAAAAAGCACAAAAAACACAAAAGUAAAAAGAAGAAAAAGAAAAAUAAGGCCGGAAAAGAGACUGUGUCUGACAGAGAGACUCAAGAAAGUGGAAAGAAAAAGAAGAAAAAGAAAAAGUCACGAGAGGCAGACAAAGUGAAAAGGUCUGGCUCAUGUUCUGAAAGCUCUUCUGCAUCUGGAUCAGAAUUUGAAUCCCAAUCUAAACCUUCCAGAGAAAAUACUAAAUCGUCAUCAGCAGGUAAGGCUUCAAAGUCUGAGCUGAAGGAAACAUCUGGUUUUGAUAAGUCUCAGGAGUUACCUGACAUUAUAUCCAAGAUGGAAAAUCAUGUCCACAACAACAUAGAAUAUGAAAGGGCCAAGGACAAGAAACAAAGCUCCAGCAGGACAUCUAAAAGAGAGGAGAACUGCAGAGGCAGACGAACCAGAUCAAGAUCACCCAAACGGAAAUCGAAACACCGAUCAAGGUCCCGAUCCCAGUCUUCUAAACGACUACAGAAAUCAAAGUCUAGAUCCCAUUCUAGAAAUAGUCCCAGAAAGAGUUCAUUGCAUAGAGAGAGAAGUAGAUCGAGGUCAAAGAGACGGAAUAAACGGUCCAGGUCUCGUUCUGCCAGAAGAGGCAGAAAUUCGAGAUCCAAGUCACAUUCCAGGCGGACUAGAUCAAGGUCUGUUGUAAUCUUAAGGCAGAACCGAAGGUCUGCAUCAAAAUCUAGAUCCCACUCUCCACGAUGUAGGAACCGUUCCAGGAGUAGGUCACAAGGAAGAACAAAACAUUCUAAAUCAAGGUCUUUAUCAAAAUCUAGAUCUAUUUCAAAAGACAGGCAGAAGAAAACUGAAACUAUUAAUAAUGAUACUGUUCCAGCAAAGGACAAUUGUUUAAGUUCUGGAAUGCAACAAAAUGUAUCUCAAAAAACAACUGAGAACGGACAAAGUCCACAAAUGGCUGUAAACACAGAAGCCAGGCCACCUGAGAUUGUUGUGGAUGGCUCAAAUUCUGUUUUGAAUGCAGUUGGCGUCAUUGGAUCUUGGAGACCAGUCCCGUUUUCGAGUCAGUUUACUGAGAGCAAUGCUUCCCAGAAGUGCAUUACACUUGAGGUGCCUUUGGAGGCGAUCUCAACAGUUGAGCCAAAAGAUCCUGAGUGUACAGUCAACCCUGAAAAGGAAGAAACUACUACAAUUUCAACAACAGACACACAGACUUCAAUAGAGAAUAAUUCAGUGUCACCAUCCAAGUCUCCCAAUUCACAAAGAUCCAAAAGAGCUGCAAGAUCUAGAUCAAAGUCUUCCUCGAAAAGGAGGAAAUCCAGGUCAUCUUCAUGGAAUAAGUCAAAAUCUAGAUCACCCUCAAGAAGAAAAAGCAGCAAGUCUAAAUUGCAGAACAAACUUUCUAAAUCAAGGUCCCCCAAAAGGAAAAGGUCUCGUUCACCAGGUAAAAAAAGGUCUAAAACUCCAGAGAGAAGCAGGCGAUCGAGAUCCAGAAGAAAGUCUCGGUCACAUUCAAGGAGACGAUCUCAAUCAGGCUCAAGUUGGAGAAGAGGUUUUGGAAGUCGAUCACUAAAUCAGCGGGACAGAUGGAAACGAGAACCCAGUCGCUCUCCGGUUCUCAUUCUUCGUAAGAAAAGGUUGACAUCCAAAACUCGCCGAAGCUCCAGCAAGACUCCUCCACGUCUUACUGAGCUUGAUAAGGAACAGUUGCUGGAGAUAGCUAAAGCUAAUGCCGCAGCUAUGUGUGCCAAGGCCGGUGUGCCCAUCCCAGAGAGCCUCAGGCCGAAAGCUGCAGCCAUGUCCCUGCCCUUGGGGAUACAAGUGAUGUCAAACAUGACCAUGAAUGCUGCUUUGGCUAGCAUGACUGCUGCUACGAUGACUGCUGCUUUGUCUAGUAUGGGUGCCCUGGCAUCAUUGCCACAAUUUGCCCCUUUACCGACAAUUGUCAACAAGCCACCCCCUUCAACCACACCUAAUCUAGCCAGUAUUGAGGAAGCCAAAAGGAGAGUAACCAAACAAGCUAACAGCUUCAGUAUUCAAGAGCUAACUGAGAGAUGCAAGAAGAUAACUGAGAGUAAGGAAGAGAUGGCCAUUGCAAAACCACACAUGUCAGAUGAUGAAGACGAUGAGAAGACAUUUGGGGGAACUUCCCUUAAGGAGAACAAGGGCAUUGCCUUUAGUCUCAGUAGCACCUCAGUAAAGCCAGCUGUCCGAACGGAAGCUGUCUUUGCUAAGGAGUUCCCAGUGUCCUCCGGCUCCCAGCACAGAAAGAAGGAGGCUGAUGGUGCAUACGGGGAAUGGGUGCCAGUCGAAAAGAAGACUGAAAAGCCAUCGGCAUCAGGUUCUGCCGAAACUGAAGAGUCCAGCAAGGACAACGACAGUGUAUUUCCUGAAGCGCCUUCUCAACCUGUGGACAUCACAUUGGCUGUCAGCGAGAGAGCAGUAGCCCAGAAGAGGCUAGCAGAAAAUCCUUUCGACAUCAAUGCCAUGUGUAUGCUCAAUCGUGCUCAAGAGCAAGUGGAUGCUUGGGCCCAGUCUAACACAAUUCCUGGCCUCUUCACUGGUUCAACAGGUGCCCAAGUGCUCUCAUCUGAUGAGCUGUCUAACAGCGGCCCACAGGCUUGGAUUAAGAAGCAGAUGCAGGAUGGGCUUCUCACCUCACUGUACUCUUCUUAAAAGUGUCUUGAGAGAGAGACAUGGAAACAGAGAGAAGGGAGGAAGGAAGAGGAUUUGAAGUAAGUCUGAAUGACAGCCUGGAAACUGUCAGUGGGUUGAGGAAAUGCAUCGGAUCGUUUGAAUGAGCCAUGUUCAAAACUGCCCAUAUAUGCGCAACAAUGACCACACAUCAAAUAGCAUUCAAUGUUAAAAUACAGUUAGGCUAAUAUUACCUAGUAGAACAAUUGUUUAUUGUGAAUAUUAUUAGAACUAAAUGUAAUUACUGAUUGAACAUUGCUGUCUUUUAUCAUAUUGCUGUUGUUGCAGCUUUAUAAAAACAAAUAAACUAAUUGAAGCCAUAUAAUUUGCCAUAUAAAUGUAAUGGUACAUUUUCCACAACUAAGGGGUAAGCACCCCUUGACCAUGGUAAAAUAACUAAUUUAUGACCUUUCGCGGCUCAUGGCUCAUUUAGCCUCCCGUUACUCGUUAAAUAUACACUUCUUUCAAACCUUCCAACCAAAAGUGUGUACAUGUGUGAUUCUAAUGAGUUUUAUUUUACCCAAAUUACAUGGAUGUUGACCACUUUGUAAUGCAAACUUGAUCUUUAGAUUCAGAUUCGAUUAUCCAAUGUUUUUAUAUAGACUUAAGAUCCCUUUGAGCUACAUAAAUAGUGGCAACUAAGGCCAAGGCUUUCACACAACCAAAGACGGCACAACUUAUUUAUUCAGUGCGGUGUUUCCAAAAUGGCCAACUUCACCUAGAUACAACAUAAAGUAUUUGAUUAAUAAGUCUUGUUGCUUAUUAAUUAAACAGCAAUGAUAUUUAAAGAUAAUGUCUAAACAUGGAAUAUGUUUGGAGCUUUCCCCUCACUCAGGGGAUGGGAUCCAAAUCAUUCAAAUUAUAUAGAAAGUUGACUGAUCAAGUAAGUCCCUAUUUUCUUUCUCAAAAUGACUUCCUGAGAGGAAGUAUUGUGCACUCAGUCUUCCAAAUGGCCUGGUGAACUUACUAACACACAAUGACUGCUAUUAAAUCAAUGUUUGUUUCCUUCGGGAUCAGAGAUAAAUGGGAUUUGGCAUUCAUAGCCAGUGGGUACAAGGUUCCAAACCUUACAUUUUUCUCUCUGCCCAUGGUGGGAGCUGGUGGAGUUGAUGGGGUUGGGACACGGAUGGAAGAGGGGUGGGGGCUCACAGUUUGACCUGUGAACUCUCACCCCUCUGUAUGGAAACUUGUUGCAGGGUCAGUCCUUGUAGCUGCCUUGUUGCCAUGGUCACAGUCAGGCCCCUUCUGUUCACGUCAGAUGCUCAGCCGAUGAUGAGGGCCUAGGUACGUACGUCAUCCAGCACCCUUCCUUCUAUUCAUGUGGAUUUGUGUGUGAACUGAUUCAUUUCUGCAGUGUCAUACUGUUUGAUUCAUCUGAACCAACUCAAACCCUGAAUUCUGUUCAGGAUGGUAUUGAUGCCUGGCCUAUUGAAGGCUUGCGCCUUAAAUUACUGAUUAUAUUAUCUAAAAGUAUAGUACUUUUGACUGCAUCAGGUGAGAAUGCAAAUAAAGGAUUGUACAUUUAAACUAUUUCUAUGUUAUAACUAGGUCUUCCAAUCGAUUAAAAUUGUUAUCAAAAUCAUUACAUGAUAUGAUGAUUGAUUAAUCAAAAUAAUUACUAAUUUAUCGCUUGGCAAUCUAGACAUGCAUCAGAUGAACUUCUUUGGCCAUUGCAUAGUGACUUGCUGUUUUACAAUCUCAGCUUGUGUAAAUGGAAACGCUUAGCAUCUUGAGUCAUGAACAUGGUGUCAAGUUUGAUAAACGUGUCUCGAGACCACUUUGUUUUGUUUCAUUCUGUUACGCUUCGUGUAGCUGUUUUGAAUGCAAGAAUUCAUCGUUUGGUCCGCCUGCUCUCUGUAAGCUGAGGCUGAGCUGACUGCAAAAUUUGUAAAACAUGAAUGUGGUACUUUAAACUUGAAUUGUUCUGACUGUGGGAACAUUACUUAUUAAGGAAUUCACAUACAGGUUAGAGGGCAUGAAUAAUUGUCUUAAUUAUUUAACAAAAAAGUAUAAAUGAAUCGCACUAAAUUCAUGCGUGACAUUGAAAGCCCUAGUUAUAACAUCUCAAACAGUAAGAAAUUAAGAAGACUGCUAAGCUCUAAAAUCUAAUAGAUGGACAAAUGUUUUUACCUUAAAUACAGCUCUAUGCUCCGGUUUGAAGUGACCUGACAACUUCUGAUGAUGUCGGAUGUAAUGACGAACAAAUCGCUCACUAUCUCCCGUUUCUCUCCGUUUGCUUCUAUUCCUCUCUUUCUCUUCCUGUAUCUGUCCUGUUACAAUCAGGACCAGUUCCUGCGAGCUGCGCCAGUCUCAGGCGGGAUGGGCGAGUUAUUAAUGAGGAAGAUGGGAUGGCGUUCAGGGGAGGGUUUGGGGAAGCACAGGGAAGGCACAGUAGAUCCCAUCGUUAUUGACUUUAAAAC